CAACUCCACUGCAUACACCAAAUCGACCAAGAACUUAUACUGAUAAACAUGAAAAAACCAUUCCUUUCUGCGUUCCUAUUAUUGUCCCUUCUCCUUCUCGACCAAUCCCAUUUCGCGAAGGCUGGUAUAGGGUCUUCUGUUGCGUCGUGGUUCAAGUCUCUGAACAGCGAAAAAAUUAUCAACUAUGUCAAGGGGAAAAAAGCACCAAAGCCAGAAUGGGAUAACGAAUUCUAUAACUAUGUGAAGCCAGAUCCCAAACUACCAAACCUGCCACUGAAUAAGGAAAGAAAAGGGUUCGCUCCACUCAAAGAAUACCUUUCUAACUUUGGCUACCUUCCAUCCUCCGACUCAUACAACAACACUGUCGACCAACAAACAUUAUCGGCCAUCAAAACCUUCCAGGAAUCUUUCGAUCUCCCAGUCACCGGCGACAUAGACAGCCGCACCCUCAAACUAAUCAAGCUACCACGAUGUGCUGUCCCCGACAUGGAUUUCAACUACAGCUUCACCCAAAACGUGUCGUGGCCCAAAGCCGGUCACCGGUGGUUCCGAAAGAGAAGCCUCACGUACGGUUUUCUUCCGGAGAGUGAAGUCCAACCCAACGCCACCAGGGUGUUCAAAACUGCAUUCACGAGAUGGGCGAAUGCCACGGGGAGUUUGAACCUGACGGAGACAACCUACGACGACGCGGACAUUAAGAUUGGAUUCUACAAUUUCUCCGAUUCCGUUGUCGGCGACUUGUAUGGCUUCAGCUUUAUAACGGAGAACCCUCCGUCUGACGUGUUGACGGCGGAGAUAAAUCUCAACGGCAACAUGUACUGGGCGCUGCCCAGUGAAAAAGAGUUCUUGUCGGCGGAGGAUGGAAUUCUGGACUUGGAGAGUGCGGCGAUGCAUCAGAUAGGGCAUUUGCUUGGGUUUGACCACUCUUUCAAGAAUGACUCUGUUAUGUACCCUUACAUUUUGCCAUCGCAGGAACGAAAGGUGGAACUCUCCAUUUCUGACAAGAACAACAUUAGGAAACAGUUUGCUAACGCUGACUCUGCCAAUGGUGGGUGUUUGGGAGUGCCUUCAAUCACCACUUUGUUGUUGUCUCUGGGAUUUGCUUGCAUGCUUCUUAUGUGUUAACCCUCCUCCUACUUCUCGCACUCGCAACUUUGAUUUUGUUCUUGAUUUAUAUUGUAGGGAAUAGUUUUGUUUCGAAGAAGAUUGAGGAAUAUGUUCCUCGCCCCAAAAUGUCUUUCAUUUGAGUAGUGUGAUUGUUUCGAAUUGGCCUCUCGUCUGAAUAUGGAAAUAAAAGAUGUUUAUAUGUUUAGUUCUGUA